AACCUCUGCUUGGACCCCGACCCAACUCUCUUCUUCUUCAUCCUUCUCCCUUUUCUCUAGACUUAUCUAAAGAUGCCUUUCAAAUCCGGUGACGCUGGAAAGGGAGCUAGUCUCUUCAAGACUCGAUGUGCGCAAUGUCAUACUCUCGGUGCUGGCGAGCCUAACAAAGUCGGACCCAACCUUCACGGCAUCUUUGGUCGUCAUACUGGUCAAGUCGAAGGCUUCUCAUACACCGCUGCUAACGUCAACAAGGGUAUAGUAUGGGACGAGAACACCCUGUUCGAGUACCUCGAAAACCCUAAGAAGUACAUUCCUGGAACCAAGAUGGCGUUUGCUGGUUUGAAGAAGGAGAAGGACAGGAAUGAUCUCAUAACUCAUUUGAAGGAAGCUACAGCUCCUGCUUAAAAAAGCCAUCCGUGGUCUGCCCUCCAUCAAGACUCUUCUCCGAUAGCCUACCUAGACAUAUUGUCUCGCAAGUCUCCUGGAUUCCCUAGAUUUCCAUUAUAUCCGCAUUUGUUUUACUAUCUGGUUAUUCCAUAUUAAUCGGACGUUGAGGGACGUAGGUCUCUAAUUAGCUACACAAGCAGACGACCUUGCCGAAGUUUUUUUCGAAACCCUAUCGCGCUGUAAUUUACACACCACUCUUGAAAUAUUAUGACCAUGUCAUGUAGCCACGA